AUGAGCAAGCAACUGGCAAGUGGUCACGAGGUGGUAGCCAUGAGCGAGGAGUGGCUGGCCAGGAUGGAGCAGGAACAGACGCUCUACGAACAAGGCAUGGUCCGCCUCCUGCCUGACGGCUGGCUCUUACCCACUGCCUUCACACAGUAUGCUGACAACAUCUACAACUUUAAGUUUAAUUCCAGUGACGUCGUUUUGAUGGGGAUGCCUAAGUCUGGGACGACGUGGAUGCUGGAGAUCCUCUGGACGAUGCUCCACAACCCUGACCUCAACAACCCACAAGGCGUCGACGUGCCCAUCUUUAUGCGAGCACCACAUAUUGACAGUGACAUGCUUUUUGAUAGCAAGUCGUGUGUAAACAUGGAUGAUAAAUGGAAGAGGUAUGCUGAGGUGUUUAGCCAAGUGUGUCCAGGGAAAAAGAUGGCAGACGGAGUGUUUCUCCAGCUGAGCGAGGCUCUACCUGCUCCUCGAGUGAUCAAGACGCACCUGCCUCUCUCCCUCCUGUCUCCUCAUCUCCUUCACACAGCUAAGGUUGUGUAUAUGGCCAGGAAUCCUAAGGACGUGGUUGUGUCCUUGUACCAUCACUUCUGUCGAAGAUCAUUACAUAACUUCACUGGCACCUUUGAAACUUUCGUCAACCUUUUCAUGAAUGAUGAUUUAUUGUACAACCCAUUCUGGCCCCACGUGAAGAUGGCGUGGAAGAACAAGGACCAUCCCAACAUGCAUUUUCUCUUUUAUGAAGACCUGAAAACUGACGUAAUGAAAGAACUAAGAACUCUGAAUGAGUUCUUGGGCACCCGCCUCACCCAGCAACAACUUGAUAAUGUAGCUGAACACACUUCUUUCUCAUCAAUGAGCAUUAGGAGCAUUAAACAAGAUGAAGCAUAUCAUGGCGACACCAAAAAAACGAAUACAUUCUAUAGGAAAGGAGAAACAGGAGACUGGAAGAACCACUUCUCACCUGGGCUGGAACAACACAUGAACCUGUGGAUUACAAAUAAUUCUGCAGACAUUACCUUCAAGUGA